AUGUGCAAAAGACAAGCGAAAGUCUGCGUAGACGGAGGAGGUCCAGAUGACUCAACCAAAGGCGUUGAUAGAUGUUUCUUGAAGGAAACUAAUGGGGAUGGGACUGAUGAUUCCGGGGAAGGUGGACUUAAAGUAGCUAAGGGGCAUAACAUUCGCCUCUUAAACUUUAAAGGGCGUGGAAUUUGGAUAGUCGAUGUAGAGAGUGAAGAAGUGGAGAUUGAAGCAAAGAGUGCCAUUUAUUGCAGAAAGCCAGACAGAGAGAGAGAGAGAGUCGCUGUGUUUGUUGAAAGUUGA